AUGAGGAGCUCCCCCCCCUAUCGGAGUCGCGGGGCGGGGCGCAAGAGACGAGAUGCAGAUCAGCAUACAGAGUCCGGAACUCUGGUGCCGCCGCUGCAACGUGGUAUCCUUCCCGUCAAGCCGCCACCUCCCGUCAAUCACACCCCGUACUUUGACCACCAGGCGCGGAUCCAGUCGCGAUGUACAGCCGGCCCCAAGACGCAGUCCUUGAAGGAGGAGGAGGACCCAUGCCCUCGCCCAUCGAGGCAAUGGAAUAUCGACCGCAGCAGCGCCAUGCUGUCAGCGCAGGGCGAGUUUAUGUACAUCAGGAGCCCAUCACAGCGCUCGUCCGGAGCUGUGGCGAUGCGUCCUCAUCCUCCGCAUCAGACUCUCCCAGGCGACGACAGCACUCCAGACAAUAUGGUGGUCACAAAAUGGAUGCUUCCGCUGCUGGCCAGCUUGGUCGCCGCCUCGCCGUUUGACCGCCGCUUCUUGCGCGCGCGUCAGGAGAGCCUAAACGCCUGCCUCGAGGCGGCUAAUCUGGCCUAUGUCGAUGAGGGCUCCGCCACCUGGGAAACGGCCAUUCAGCCGCACAAUCUACGUGUGCCCGUCACUCCACUCGCCAUCGUCUAUCCGACGUCGGCUGAAGAGGUCCAGGCCGCUGUUCUCUGUGCCGUGCAGAGCGAGAUCAAGGUCGCUGCUAAGAGCGGUGGUCACAGCUGGGCCUCCAUGGGUCUGGGGGGCCAGGACGGGUCACUCGUCAUCCAGCUCGAUCGCUGGCAUGAGGUCAACCUGCGCGAGGACAACACGGCCACCGUGACGGCGGGCACGCGUCUGGGUUAUGCUGCGCUGGAGCUCUUCCAGCAGGGCAAGCGAGGCUUCUCGCACGGGACUUGUCCUAGUGUCGGAUCUGGUGGGCACAUUGUUCACGGUGGCUUUGGCUUCAGCUCCCACACGCACGGCCUCGCCCUGGAUGCAGUCAUUGGCGUCAUGGUCGUGCUUGCUGACGGAUCCCUUGUCCAUGCAUCCGCGUACGACAAUACCGACCUGUUCUGGGCCAUCCGCGGUGGUGGCUCGUCGUUUGGUAUCGUGACCGAGUUUGAGAUCAACACUUUUGAUGUCGCCCACCAGUUUUCCUGGUUCAUGAUCGAGACGGACCUCGCCGACCGAACAAAGGCCAACGCCGUCGCCGGGCUCAUGGCCUUCCAGAACGUCGUUGAGGACGGCGGUAUGGACAAGAAGCUCAACAUGCGUCUCGGCCUGGGCGCAACGAGCAACCUCGAGGUCGUCUUCCAUGGCCCCGAGAACGAGGCCCGCGCGGCGCUCGAACCCUUUCUGGCGCCCCUGGGUCUCCAGUGGCAGUCGAGGGGCACCCGUGCGCGGCAAGGUGCAUGGCUCGAGAUGCUUCAAGACUGGACAUAUGGCGAUCCUCUCAACAUUACCGACUCGUUUUUGGGGCACGCUAAUUCCUACUUUUCCAGCUUGAUGACAAAGCACAUUCCCGCAGAGGCCUUUGCCGGCUUCGUCGACUACUGGUUCGACGUCGCCCUGGCCGACGGUGCGCUCCCCUGGUGGGCCCAGAUGGACGUCCACGGUGGCUCGCAGGGCGCCAUCGCCAACACCUCGAGCCAAUUCAGCAGCUACGCGCACCGUGACAAGCUCUGGCUUUUCCAGUUCUCGUCUUCCCCGUCCUUCUUUGAUCCUGGCAACGACGAUGCCGCCAUCGCUUUCACCAUCGGCAUGAUGGACAGCCUUAAGGACAACAUGGACGCCGGCGACUGGGGUCGUUAUGCCAACUACAUUGACUCGGAACUCGAGCGUGAGGUCGCGCAGCAGCAGUACUUUUUGACCAGCCUCGACCGUCUUAUGGCUGUCAAGGCUGAGUAUGACGCAGACCAGUUGUUCUGGAACCCCCAGUCGAUUGACCCGGCGGGGUGA